ACAUAGAGGAGAGACAAAAUUUUUCAAUCGAGAUAAUGCAACAGCUCAAGUACCGUCAUAGUUUGUGUGAAAUUUGUAACCACAUUUCCAGGUUAUUAGCUGAUCACCGUAAUGACGGCCAUAUUUCAACACUAGAGAUACUAUACAAACCCCCAUCAACUCAUUCGUUUCAUCAUAAUCAAUUCUUUUGGUAUUGCAGAAUAAUUAAAACUAUGCAUGAUCAAUGGAGUGAGUGAACCAUGUAGCAGACUAAAAAAAAAAUUUUGGAAGCGAAUUGUACUUUCGUUUUUGUUUGCAUGCCCCACAGGGUAAAUAAUAAUUAUACCAGUGUGUUGUUGCAAUUAUUUUCUACGCUUUUACUUCUCGAUAACUUUUGGAAGCCCUUUUGGCGAAAAGAAAAUCCCAGUGAGUUUGUGUUAAAAGCUUUUGCCGAAGUAUUUCACGAUUGCAGAUAUCGUUCAAAAUUUUAGUAUUACCCUUCUUCAUCUGCAUAAUCGUUCUAGAAGUGGUCUUGCGUAGUUUUGUUACAUGCAUGAACUCCAGUUUCCAACAUGAACGCCAAUGGCAAGAAGAAACUAAGCAGAUGACCAAACAUCGUGAUUUCAUGAUGGCCUGGUAAACAGUGAGCCAAGAUGAGAAAGAGACUGCACUCUUACACAAUCUUGAACGUCUUCUUGACAUGCAUUUACCUCCACUACGAUUGAAAUUCAUUUCUCAAAAGUUUAACAGCGAUGCUUUCACAAUGUUUAAACUUUUUUCGCGAAUAAAUGAGCUGCAAAAUUAGAAAAAUAUACAGAGAACUGUCUGCUUGUCAGCAGUGCUCCAACCGGCAAUUUCGAUAACUAGCAACGAUUUUUCAUGGAUCUGCACAGAAUAAUUUCCUCUGCUCAAAACUGGUAAACAAAUCCGCUCAUCAAUAAUUCCCCACCACUUCAAUCAAACGACUACCAGCUGACAAAAACAAAAAAUGGGCUUGUUGAAAAACGGAAAAGACUGUUCCAGAACAAAGAGCUGCAGCUUUAAUCGUAGAGUUAAGAAACCCUUCAAGUCCACGUCCUACCGCAAUUUCGCCAAAAGAAACAAUGAAACUUCAUUGCUUCGCUCAGCUAUCAAGAGCUUAAAGCGACGUGCAACCCUCCAGCUGCCAGAUGGCACUCAACAGAUAGAUUUCCCUGCUGGAACUCGGAUAAUGUUGGAGACGUCUGAAAUCCCGCUAAUGCCAGAUGCCAUCGAGGCUUACUCAGAUCCGGAUCGUAUGCCACUCAAGAUAGACAAUCAUAAUUACCAGUUUUGUCCCCUACUUUUCUCCGCAUUACACAAGUAUCCAUUGGAUGGAGCCGCAAUCGCGUCCGAAUUGGCAGACGGUAUGUGCCAACCUGUCCACCAAGACAUUCCAGAUGUUGAGAUCUCUAAAAAGGCACCGAAAUCAGAAUUAGCUUUUUCUCCAUCUCGUCGCAAGACGUGGUCUGUUGAAGCUGGACAACGGGUAGUGAGACAAGUCAAUCUGCCCAGCUGGACAAAUGGCGAAAAUUCCAAAAAUGUUGAUGAGGUUCCCUUCUGCGAACUGCGACUAAACGAGACUUUCGAAUCAGAACAAAAGGAAACAAGCAAAAAUGGCCGAAAGAAAUGGGUACUCGACUUCAUUCCCGGUUCACAAAGUCCAGUAGAACUGCCUAAUUGGGCGAAAGCCAAGUCAAGCCGGUUUGUCCGUAGUGUCAAACCGGCUGUGCAGAAAGACGGAAUCGGAUUGUUGGGUGCACAUCCGCAAUCGGCCAUCAAACCCUUUCGAGCCAAUCCUGUCCCUGCCACCACCUACAAAGCUUCUCUACCUGUGGCAAUGAAACGCCAUCAGUUUGUAAAGGAAAAGGUCAAGGCAGACAUGAUCAAAGACAUGAUGUUGGAACCGAAACCUUUCCGGGCCAGUCCUGUUCCCCCCAGCAUUUUCAAACCCUUUCCGCUGAUAAGGAGUAAAAGGCCGUCAUUGGUGAUGACCAGGAAUCCCCCCAUCCCCCAACAUAUAAAAACAUAAUGGCCAAAAAUCAGUUAAUCUUUAAAACGACUUGAAUCCUUGACCGCAUUACGACGCAAUUUCUUUCCUUUAAAAAAUCCCAGUUAAAAUGUUGAAAUGAUUAAACGCAAGUUUUUGGUUUUGUUUUGACAUCAAAAUUCGUUCAUACAAAUUUUUACGCGAAA